UGUUGUUGGAGGAAUUAUUAAUCGCAUCUUUAAGAACGUAAAACGAAUGUAGAGCGGUAGCACUCGUAACGGCAGCAGCACCAGCUGUAGAAUAAAAAAAAAAAUAAAUAAACUAAGAAGAAGAAGAAGAAACAGCAGUAUAUGGAUGGUAUUUGUAUUGUGUACUAUAUGCCCUUAUUCGCUUGCACAUCGGGCAUAAUGUGUUGCUUUGUAUAACAAUGUAGCUUUCAAUGCUCUCAACCAGUAGAUAUUUUGCAUUGAUAUCAAUAAGUUGUAUCAAUUCAAAUGGAAUUUAUAAAAAUUCUAUUUAAUAUUGCAUUCACAGUGCUGCCGUUGCUACUACUACUGCUGCUACAAAUACCAGCAGCGAGAGCAACAACGCGAUCAUCUACUGAAAAUAAUAAUAAUAAUAAUCAUAAUAUUCAAAAUGCCGAAACAACAACGAUCGCAACAACAAUAAUAACAACAACAACAACGCCAACUACAACAACAACAAAUAAUAAUAAAAACAAAAACAAUAUAUCAACAGCAACAACAACAACAACAAUAGGAGAACUGCGUAAACAUGAGCAAAUAAUAGAUAAUUCUAUAGAUUUCACAGUUGAUCCAUGCGAUGAUUUCUAUCAGUAUGCCUGCGGUGAAUGGAAGCAACAAUUGUAUCAUCAGCAUCAUCAUACUGAAGACAAAAGUUCUGAUGGUGAAGAGCGUAAAGCAGAACAAACUGUAAAACAUGAUGAUGCUGAAAGUGAUAAAUAUGAUCGGACUUUAGCUAUGAUCGAUUAUUUGGCAGACAAAGAGGUGCUAAAAUACUUUAAUAAGAGAAAUAUGACAAAGAAUUUAAAUACAACAACAACAACAACUGCAAGAUCACAAACAACAACAACAACAACAACAACAGCGCCAACAACAAAAGAGCCGGAUUUUAUAAUAAAAGUGUAUAAAUAUUAUAAAUCAUGUAUUGCCAUACAACAGUAUGAACCUAUUAAGUAUUUGGAAUGGUUGGAGUUGAAUGAACACGUUAAAUGGCCUUCAUUGAUAAAUACAACAACAACAGCAACGGCAACAACAACAACAACUACAAACAACGAAGAACAUCAAACCAAUAAACAUGAUCACCAUGCUGACACAGAGGGUUGGGAGGAUGAUGAAAUUGUAAUGGACGCCGAUGAUGAUGAUGAUGACGAAGUUGAUGAAACUAAAACUGCUGAUGAAAUGAACGAUGAGGCUGCUCAGGACUAUGACUCCAGCUGGAUUAUUACGCUGGCCAAAUUACGCAAAUAUGGCAUGAAUGGCAUCUUCAUAGAGGAAAUCAUCUACAACACCAAAAGCUUUCCCACCAAAAUGCUAUUAGGCUUCAAUAAACCCACCAAAGAGGGAGGCUUUAAAAGUUUGAAAAAUGAAAAUUUAAAAAUUAUUUUAAAUAAUUUAAAAUUAAAAUUAUCGGCUGAAUCUUAUAAAAAACUAUGGUUGCAGGUGACCAAAUUUGAAUGGCAAUUAACAAAACUCAAUGACCUAAGCGAUGAGCUGGGCACAACCAUGAUAACAGUAGCGUAUUUGCCCGUACCAUGGUUAAGUGAUUAUUUGAAAGUAAUAUUCAAUCAAACCAGACCAUUGGACGCAAAUAUGCGCAUCGUUAUAACAAAUGUAGCAUAUUUUAUGGCUCUGGAUGAUUUGCUCAAUGAAUACGAUGAUAAUUUUCUUAAACAAUAUAUACAAAUACGUUUUCUCUGGCAUCUGUAUCAGCAAGAACCGCAACACUUUCAACCAUUGGAAUGUAUUCAGCAUAUAAAGCCUUUUAUACCUUUAGCCUUUGACUGGAUAUAUGAGAAACAAAUGGAUUAUUUAAAACCCGAAAUACCCAAGCUCAAUGUUAUGUUUAAUAAUCUAAGAAGACAAUUCAAUCUAACUCUAUACAACAAUAGAAAUAAUUUUGAUUCUGCCACCUUGGAUCAGUUGGUCAAAAAAUUAGAAUCAAUUCAACUAAAUGUGGGCUCGUUUGUGGACAUUGAUGGUUCGGAGUUUUUCUAUGAAAAUCGUAAGUUUUACUCUUCACUAAAAUUAUCUUCGGCUGAGUAUUACUUUAAUCAUUUGAAAAUGUUAAAAUUCAAUUUUGAGGCUCUGCACUUUGGCAUGCAGGGAAUAAGUACUCAUUCUCGUUACUACGAUAUGCAAGAAUACAAUCGAGGUUUAAGUUCGGCUCCCUAUUUCAACCAAAGGCUUAAUACUCUACACAUACCUUUGUCUCUACUCCAGCCUCCUUUGUACCACAAGGAUUUUACUGACAUAUACAAAUACAGCUCUUUGGGCUUUCUUAUAAGUCAAACUUUAAUGUAUGGCUUCAAUUUAAAUGGUCUAGCCAAAGAUGAACACACUAAACUAAUGCUGCAUGUAAAAUGUCUAGGCUCUUGGCAGUCCUCGGAAUUCAAUGAUAAAAUAGCCGAUGUUAGUGGUUUGCGUCUCAGUUAUCACAGCUUUUUUCAUACGCACAACAACAAUUUAAUAUCAAAUCGUAAAAAAUUUUUCCUCAAUUAUGCCCAAACAUUUUGUGGCUCACACACCUCCGACGAGGCUCUAGGUCGGAGUCAUGUUAACUAUGCUUUGGCUCAGUUUGCCGAAUUUGCAAAAACCUUUGAGUGUUCACCUGAUAGUCAUAUGAAUCCACAUGAGAAAUGUUAUUUAUGGGAACUAAUUGUAAUAUUAAUUAUAACAAUAAAUUUAAGUAUUAAUUUUAAACAUUUUAUUUGUAAUUUAUUUAGUAUUUUAAUUAAUUUUUUUUUACACACAAACAACCCCAAAAGCAAACUGUUUUAAAUAAAAUUUUAAGUUAAUUAAAAUCAAAAAGAAAAAAAGUGAUCAUUAACUAAUACCUAAAAGUUCAGAAAAAUAGUUUUAUUGUUUGAGAAAUGUUGUUAGUAACUACAUUAGUUAAGGACCUCCUAUAGACUGCCUAUAAUUAACAAAAAUAAUAAUAAAUUGCCAUUAUAAUAUAAGUAAUUUUGUAAAAAAAAUAUGCCAAAAACUAAUCAAACAUUAUAUGCCUGGAGUACAUGUCACAAAAAUCAUGCCUGCAGCUCUAGUAGUAUUUUUUCUUUGAUUUUUUCUAAAUUCUUUAUAUAAAGUGUAAAUAGUUUUAAAUUACUUUUAU